AUGAAGGACGAUACCUCCCACGUUCGUUUUGCGCCGAGUCGAACAUGUACAGAAACUAGCCAGUCCUCCACCAAGGAGGAUACCUCCAGUGACCGGCCGGGCUUUCGGAUAUACGCCGUGUCUGUAGUGUUGGCGCUCUCGGUUUUGAUGGUUGGUUUGGAUGCCAGCAUCGUUGCCACAGCGAAUCCGAAAAUCACGGACGACUUUAAUUCCCUCGCCGACGUCGGCUGGUACGGCUCAGCAUUCCAGUUGACCGUCUGCGCCACUCAGCUAUCAUGGGGAAAGGUCUACAUGCUCUUCCCUGUGAAGCGCGUGUUCAUCGGGAGUGUCUUUCUUUUCGAGGUCGGUAGUCUGAUAUCUGCCGCCGCACCAAGCUCGAGUGUUUUCAUUGCCGGACGCGCCAUCUCGGGCGUGGGCUCUGCUGGGAUGACGGGUGGUUCUCUCUUGAUCAUUGCCCAGUGCGUGCCAUUGCAGAGUCGCCCAACGUUCAUUGCUAUGAUUGGGGCCAUGGAAGCGAUUGGUUACAUCAUGGGGCCGCUACUAGGAGGUGCCAUCACAGACAAGGCCAGCUGGCGAUGGUGCUUCUGGAUCAACCUGCCCGUCGGCGCCAUCACCGCUAUCGUGAUGCAGAUUCUGCUUAAGCCGCCCCAAAGCAAAUCAAACAUGCUCUCCUCGCUGACCAUUCUAGAAAAGCUGAGACGUUUUGACUGGUUUGGAGCCUUGACUCUUAGCGCAGGCAUUCUUUCCCUCAUUCUUGCCCUGCAGUGGGGAGGUUCCAAAUACUCGUGGACUGAUGCCCGCAUCAUCGUUUGUCUCGUUUUUGGGGCACUUUUACUUACCAUCUUCUUUGUUAUUCAAACCCUCCUCUCCCAAGAGAAAGCAACUAUCCCACUCAGAGUAAUGAAGUCGCGAAGUGUUGUCUUCGGGACUCUAUACUCCUUUUCGCUCUCCUCAGCCCUCGCCAUCUGGACUUACUACCUGCCCCUCUGGUUCCAAGGCGUUAAGGAUGCAUCGGCACUUGAUACUGGUGUCAUGCUCCUGCCAGCUAUUUUGGGGUUGGUGAUGGGAGUAGUUGUUGGGAGCUUACUCGUCACACGGAUUGGAUAUUACACUCCCUUCGCGAUCGUUUCUGGCAUCUUAGCGACCGUAGCAGCGGGACUGCUUACGAGACUCGAGGUGCACACUCCUCAGCCUGAGUGGAUUGGCUACCUUAUCUUCAUUGGAAUUUCCUGCGGUCUGGGGUUCCAGCAACCCCAGAUUGCCGUGCAGACGGUCCUCGAGGACUCAGAUGUGCCCGCCGGAACUUCUCUUAUCUUCUUCUCUCAGAGUGUCGGAAGUGCAAUCUUUAUCUCACUAGGGAACAGCAUCUUCCUCAACCGCCUGAUCGUCUUUCUCAAAGAAACGGCUCCCGAGGUGAGCUCCGAUACACUGCUUUCACACGGUGCCACAACUUUGAAAACAGCUGUUCCUUCUGAACUGGUGGAAACUGUCGUCGUCGCCUACAAUAACGCCAUCAGUCACGUCUUCUUCGCGCCAGUGGGCAUGUGCAUACUGGCAGCCUUGCUUUCAUUGGGAAUCGAAUUCAAGUCAAUCAAGACCGCUAAGAAAACAAGGAAACCCUCGAGAAGAUCCUUGACCCUGUCUUACAUUCAGACACUGCCGCUCGACGACUUGCAGAUGAUCGAGUGA